GUUUAGGGAUCUUAUCUCUUAUCGAUUCGCGGCAGCUUUCUCAUAAAGAGGCGCGGGGACAUUCUUUGCGGGUCAUCUCAAGCUCAAAGGCCAAUCAGGGCUAAGGUUGAGGCGCAACCAGCUACUGCCUACCAAACGGUGCGCUUGCUUAGGUUUGGUAACUAAGCAAGCUAAGGUACCUAGGUUACCUGAGGUACUUACCUACCUUACUCGAAGCUUUAGUCUUCCAGCUGAGCCAAGAAAGCUUCAAAUCCAUUUGUUGGCAUUACUGUGCAACGACAUCAUUCGGUUACUUUGACACCGCGCGCCAUACUUGUUGGCCAAGAAGCUCAGUGACCAUCCCCUCGCCCAGCUUCGCACACAAACCACAAGCUCCUACCGGGGAGACAGCUUCAAGAUGAGUGGAGGGUGGAAUACCAUCGAGUCCGAUGCGGGCGUCUUCACAUACCUCCUCGAAGAGCUCGGUGUCAAGGGCGUCCAGUUCGAGGAGCUCCUGACCCUCGAGCCUGAAUCCCUGGCCUCGCUCCACCCCGUCUACGGCGUCAUCUUUCUCUUCAAGUACCCGACCGACCAACCGUACCGCGCCGAGAAACCCCUCGAUGGCGACUUUGACCACGACGCUGCCGACGACGGCAGCCUCUUCUUCGCGAGCCAGACCAUCCAGAACGCGUGCGGCACUCAGGCCCUGCUCUCAGUCUUACUCAACCGGACCGCCGACGUCGAGGUCGGCCCUGCCCUGUCGGACUUUAGGGAGUUCACCAUGCCCUUGCCCGCCGAGUUCCGCGGCGAAGCCCUGUCCAACUCGGACCUGAUCCGCAGCGUCCACAACAGCUUCGCGCGCUCCUCGCCCUUUGCCGACGAGACCAGCCGGCCCGCCGACGCCGACUCGGAGGACGCCUUCCAUUUCAUUGCCUACACCGCCGCGGGCGGCCGCCUCUGGGAGCUCGACGGCCUGCAGCCCGCACCCAUCAGCCACGGACCCUGCGACAGCACCGACGGCGAGGACUUUGCUAACAAGGUCAUGGCCGUGCUGCAGCGCCGCAUGCAGCGCUACGAAUCCUCCGAGAUCCGCUUCAACCUGCUCGCCAUGUGCCGGGACCUGCGCCUGCGCGCCGCCGAGCUGGGCGACGUCGAGGCCGCGGAGCGUGAGCGGAGGAAGCGCCGCGAGUGGCGGUUCGAGAACGGCCUGCGCAGACACAACUUUGUAGGCUUCGCCGGUGAGGUUCUGCGCGGCGUCGUGGCCGCCAAGGUCAACGAAGGCGGUGGCGAGGCCUAUGAUAAGUGGGUCGAGCAGGCGAAGCAGAAGAUGAUGAAGAGGAUAGGGGACAGGUCCGAGAGGAAGAGGAGUGCCGCUGGCGGAGGCGACGUUGAGAUGGCUGGUUGAAAACCAAGGUCAGAUUGGAGUUUUAGGUGAUUCUGGGUUUCUUCUCUUUUUAUUAUCACUAUGAAGCAUGAUAGAACAGCAAAGGGGCGGCUUAAAGGAUACCCAACAAAUGUGCUCUGCUUCCCCGCGGGGAUAACGGUACAUUGCCCCUGUUCAGGUGAGGGAGUACGCAAGGGGCUGCGGAAUGGCUUGCCACUUUCCCGGGAUUGUUCCUCUUCUGAUGGUGCAGAAUCCUGCAUUGACAGAAUGCCACAACGGCCAGUGCAGUGCCCGAAAUGGCGUAUUUUUUCUUCGGACCCCCGAAACUGAAAUUCAAAAUGUAGGGGAUACACAUGGACGAAUCCUGUGGCCAGGACAAGGAAUCUUUUGCCCCCUCGGACUGCUGUGUGUACCGAGAAAGCAAUACCACCUACCUAGCGUGUGGGAGGAUCUGGUGGCUGAUGGCCAAGACUGAGACGAAAGCCUUUUGGGCGACAAAACAAGUCACAAUUCAUCAUGCAUCAUCGAAGUAAGAGGUAAAGAGAGAAAGAGAGAGAAGUGAGUUGAAGAUAUUCUUUUGGUAGUGUAUCAGGUAUCAAGUGAGGUCAUUACACAUAAAUAGCAAACAACAAAGAUUAUCUUCCAAGUACA